UGCUGCUGCUGCUGCUGUCAACGAUGCUGUUGGCCGCUUGCCUCAUUUUGUUCUCCACAGCGUUACCAGCCCAGUUAUUCUUCCUGUAUCCAACUCAGCAGUUCCAAUUUGUGGACGUUGGAGGGACAGCACAGAUCUCGUGUGCUUCUACAGAAAAAAUUGAAGAUAAUGGAUUAUCAUUCAGCUGGUACAAAGGAAGAGAACAUGGGAUGCCUGUUUUAAUCAAGAGUUGCAGUGAUAACCAAACUGCAGGCAAAUUUGCUUGCAAAGCUAAAGGUCAAAACACCACAUUGGAGAUCUCGAACGUCCAAACAUCCGAUUCUGGCCUAUAUUUCUGUGCCCAAAGAUAUUCCAGCAGCCUGUAUUUCAGCAAUGGCUCGACCUCGCUGAUCAUUGGAGACAGUUACACCCCGAGCACCUGGGUGAAGCUUUUGCAACCCUUUGCACAAGAUCCACCUGCCCGGUUCGAGAACCAGCACGCUUGCGUGGUCCAUGGAGUGUCCAGCUUAGUCCAGGUGUCCUGGGACGUCCCCGGAGAUCUCCGGCAUGAGGCCAGGACCCUUUUGGUGAAAAACAGCAGUGGCUCCUUAACCUUCAUCAGUUUCCUUCAUGGCCCUCUGGAUUCGCCCAUCAGUGGUGAAAACGUCACUUGCGAAGUCAGGUUCAACUCUUCGGGCCCCAGCGUGAAGAAGAGUGCCGUAUUCAAUGCACCUCUCCUUUUAAAAAGAAUGCUGCAAUAAAAGCCUUGACAACCAGACUUUAUCCGUCUGUUCCAACCAGAUUUCAUUUGUUGCAAGGUAGUUCUGCAUACUGGGUCUGGGAAAAAGAAAAAAGCAAAGCAGUCAUCUAGGGCAACUCAGACAUCGUGAACAUUUAUUCAGAUUCAAUGUUGCUGUUUUUACUAGAAUGUUGUCUCUGUUGCAUUAAAAGUUUUUAAUUUUU